AUGUUGCAUGUACUUGAAGCUUCAUCUGUAGCAGAUUCACAUUAUCCUACAACAUUUGAAAAACUUAUGUCGAGUUUAAUGGAACAUAUUCAAAGUGAAGAAGAAAAUGAUUUACCAAAAUUUGAAAAGUCAAUUACACGAGAUAUAAGUGCUUCAUUAGUUCAAAAAUUUGAAUUAACCAAAAUGCUUGUUCCUACUCAAUCUCAUUUGAAUGCAAAUCACAAAAUCCCAUUUGGAACAGUAGGCGAACUUAUGGGUGCUUCACCCGAAAAACUUCGUUAUUUGAUUGAUCAAUAUUCUGAAAUAAACUGA